UUGUGCCGCUUCUGUGGCGUGCUUGGUGUUUGUGUGACUGAUUCGUGGAAGGAGUGAAGUUAAUUUGAAUUAUAAAAGAAACGGUUAAAGUAUUAUCCAUAUGAGUUGUAAAUUUUGAAUAUUAAUAUGCAGUGCGAAAAGUUCGUUUAGGCUUUUCAAAACCGGUAUUCGAGUAAGACUUUACAAAUUUGAAAUAUAUAAUGGAAUUUAGGUGAAUGUGAAUGUGAAAAUUUCGACUUCAUUGGUAAAAACUUUCGGUUAAGUUGGAUUCGUGAACAACUACAUUUACAGAAGGCUAUGUGCGACGACACCAGGAUUAGUGAGAAUAUGUGUACAUAAAUAAAACGGUGAAGAUUAAAAGAAAUUGCUGUUUGAAUAUAUCCACGAUUAUGAAAUGUACAAACGAUACGUGUUUCAAAUUAAGGUUCAAAUAAAUUAAGCAAUACUAAGUACGAUGAAAUAUUUGUCGGAGAGAAUUUAAUUGGUGCUUGAGAAAACAACAACGGCGCCGUGAUCGUACGCAGAAAAGAAAGGUGAAUGAAUAUAUAAUACUGGGUGACUCACACGCCCUGGAUUGAUUACCUUAAAAUUGUGUGCCUUAACGAAAAAAGAUUUAACAGUAACAAAUGAAAUAACUAAUAUUUUAUUUAAAAGUUCGAAGAAAUAGUUAUUUUAAAUAUCUAAAACAUAAUACAAUUUUUAUUUGGGUGCAUAAAGUGUAAUGCUACGAAAUGUCUCCACAACUACACUCAGAAACUCAAGUUUACCAACUACAACAUCAUCGGCUAUAUCACCAGCGAGCAAAAAAGCAUUUAUGUCGAAAACUGCACAAGUAUCACACAUUAGUUUUUGUGUUAGCUUUAAUAAAUCUACAUACAGCCACUUUAGUUUGCGGCUAUUCCAGCGCGUCCAAUUCUCUCUCAAGUCACAGAGAUGACCCAUUUUUCGUGUUUUACAUUCCAUCCAAUUUGCAAAAAGAUGAACUAAGUUCAAAUAAGUUUUCCUCACAGAUGAUUGGAGGAAACUAUUUUAUCAGACAAAGGCGUUCACCCAACCCUUCUCCUGAUUCCGUUAGCUCACUUUAUUCGGCUUUACCUGCAGCGCGUACAGGAAAUUCUGCCAUAUAUUUUGGCAUGUCUUCGUCCUCCAUGAUGACACACGAAAGCAGUGCUAAGCAUUAUUCGGAUAAUCGUAAACCAGCUUUUAAAAAUUGUGCUAACUACAAACCGUCCGUCAGGGAAGAGGAACCUGAAAAUACUUUUGUUAUAAUGGUGCAAGCAGAAGAUCCUGACUUUGAUCAAGAAAUCAAAUAUAGUCUUGUUCAGUCGGCUACAGAGCGAUCAAAGUUUCACAUUGAUCCCAAAUCGGGGGUAAUUGUAACAACUCAUCGAUUUGAUCGCGAUGAGCCGACAUACGAAAAAAUGGUGUAUGUAACAGUGCAGGCGACUGACAAUGGCAAUCCCACAUUAGAUGAUGUUUGCACAUUUAAAGUGAUUAUUGAAGAUGUAAAUGACAAUGCUCCAGUUUUUAAUAAGGCGCGUUAUGACGAGUCUAUUUCGGAAGAUAAACAGCCUGAUGCAAUUGUAAUGCGCAUCUCAGCCAGUGACUUGGAUGAUGGCAAUAACAGUAUUAUCGAAUAUGAAAUCCUACCUGUUCGUGAUCAUUUGUACUUUAAAAUCGAUAAAGCAGCCGGAAUUAUUUAUCUAAACCGUCCAAUAGAUAAGCGUCCCGGACAAUAUUAUACAAUUACUGUUAGUGCGUAUAAUCCAAGUAGUCCAAUAAGUCCAGAUUCCAAACAAGAAUCACAAAUUGAAGUUCGUAUUCGUGUUGUUGAAUCGUCGAAGAAGCCACCAUCGUUUGUUGACCCCAUCGAAGAUCCUAUAUAUUUGAAAGAGGACUAUAUGAACUAUUCCACGCCCAUCGCAACUUUGCGAGCCGUUUCUAAUGUUCCCGAUAAACCAGAAGUUAUAUUUGAAUUAGUUACCGGUCGUACAGAGCAAACGAAUAGUAAAAAGACAUUUGUGUUCAAUCAAACGGGUACUACGGUUACGAUUGGUUUAGGCAAACUGCUCGAUUAUGAAUCGGUAACGGAAUACACACUAACGAUGAUUGCGCGCAAUACAUACGAUUUAGUUGCAGAGCAUGUCAUUAAAGUUAAAGUUGUCGAUGUAAAUGAUAACAUACCAUAUUUUACGGAAGUGAACAAAGGUACAUUGCUUGAGAAUGAACUACCAGGUACACCUGUAAUGCAGGUACGUGCUUUCGAUAUGGACGGUACAGAAGCAAAUAAUAUUGUGUCUUUUGAGUUGGCGGAUAACCGAGAGUAUUUCAAAAUUGAUCCCCAUACUGGUAAUAUAACUGCGCUGACCACAUUCGAUCGUGAGGAGCGUGAUUUUUACAAUGUGAAAGUUAUCGCAAGUGAUAAUUCACCUUCUAGUUUGUAUAACAACGGUGAACCAAAUCGAGGGCAACAAGUUUUUCGCAUUGAAAUAGCGGACAAAAACGAUCAUAAGCCACAUUUUCAGUUAGCCGAAUAUGUACAUGACAGUUUACCCGAAGAUGCCAACAUAAAUUUUAUGGUGAUCGAGGUAGAAGCUGUUGACGAAGAUAAUACAGCACAAAUUGUAUACACAAUCGAAAGUGGAAAUGUUGGAAAUGCUUUCAAAAUUGAAAAAAAGACAGGCCAAAUAACAGUUAAUCAGCGACUUGAUUACGAAAAUAUCACCGAAUAUGUGUUAAAAAUUCGUGCGUUUGAUGGGAUUUAUGAUGACUAUGCCACUGUAAAAAUAAAAAUAGCUAACGUCAACGAUAAUCCUCCAGAAUUUAAAGAGAAAUAUUCGAAAACCAUACAAGAAGAAAUGGUUUUUGACUAUUGUAUAUUGAAUAUUGAAGCCUAUGAUCCGGAUAUAAAGGAUCGUUCAGCAGAUCAACAUAUCAAAUAUUCAGUGGUUAAGGAGGAACAGAAAAAGAUGAUAACCAUAGAUAAUGAUGGCUGUUUAAAACUAAUACAACCGUUAGACCGUGACCCUCCUGAUGGUCACAAGAGUUGGCAGGUGUUAAUCGCGGCAGUGGAUGAAGAUGGACAGGGCUUGAAAUCUGUUACACAUUUGAUCAUCAAUCUGCAGGAUAUAAACGAUAAUGCGCCCUUUUUGGUGAAUACAAUGCCUGUAAUUUGGCAAGAGAAUCGUAAUCCUGGGCAAGUUGUGCAAUUACAGGCAAAUGAUUAUGACGAACCACAGAAUGGACCACCAUAUACGUUCGGCAUCGAUAGUGAGGCAUCCGCAGAUAUUAAAACCAAAUUUAGCAUCGACAACGAUUACCUAUUCGCAAAUGUACAAUUCGAUCGGGAAGAACAAAAAGAGUAUUAUAUACCUAUAAGAAUAAGCGAUUCCGGAAAACCAAAACAAAGCAAAGUAAGCAUUUUGCAUUUGAUUAUAGGUGACGACAAUGACAAUGCUAUGUCAGAGGGUUCUUCGCGUAUUUUCAUUUACAACUAUAAAGGUGAGGCGCCUGACACCGAUGUGGGCCGUGUUUUUGUUGACGACCCUGACGAUUGGGAUCUUGAUGACAAAGAGUUUCGUUGGAAAAAUGGCUUUCCCCAUGAUAAUUUCCGCUUAAAUCCAAACACUGGCAUGAUAACAAUGCUGGAGCGAACACAAGAGGGUGAAUAUCUGCUUGAGUUUGUUGUUACUGAGGAAUCUACCUUUAUACCACGUCAUUCGGUAGAUGCUGAUGUUACUGUUAUUGUACGUGAACUGCCUGAAGAAGCUGUAGACAAAAGUGGCAGCAUUCGUUUCUACAACAUUACCAAGGAGAGUUUUAUCAGUGUGCCACGCGACGCUCAAGCUGACGAUUCUCUUUCAAUAAAAGAUCGCCUACAAUAUUCACUUGCAAAACUAUUCAAUACUUCCGUUACAAAUGUAGAUGUGUUCACGGUAUUGCAAAAUGCCAAUAACACAUUAGAUGUUCGUUAUUCAGCACAUGGCUCACCGUAUUAUGCACCAGAAAAAUUGAAUGGCAUUGUGGCGCAGAACCAACAAAAACUCGAGAACGAGUUGGGUUUACAAAUGCUAAUGGUUAACAUUGACGAAUGUCUUAUUGAAAAGUACAAAUGCGAAUCAUCGUGCAUGAACACGCUGCAUAAAUCGAAUAUUCCUUAUAUGAUAUACUCGAAUACUUCGUCGUUUGUUGGCGUGACCGCCUUUAUUGAAUGGCACUGCGUUUGUGAGGCAAGAAUAAGCACUUACUGUCUCAAUGGUGGAACUCCGCGCAUUGGAGAGAACGACAUGUGCGAUUGCAUAGACGGUUUUACCGGACCCCACUGUGAAUUAGUAUCGGUUGGGUUCUAUGGUAAUGGCUAUGCAUUUUACGAGCCCAUAUCGCCAUGCGAAAACACUAAAAUCAGCUUCGAGGUAGCGCCGCAAACUGACCAGGGUCUAAUUAUGUAUCUUGGACCGCUAAAUUAUAAUCCUUUGUUGCCACUAUCUGACUUCUUGUCACUAGAGUUGAUAAAGGGUUAUCCCACACUUACUGUGGACUAUGGUUCAGGUGCCAUACGUAUUGAGCAUCGGCACAUUCAGCUACAGGUCGGCAAAUCUUAUCAGUUGGACAUUAUAUUACAACGAACCAGUAUUGAAAUGAUUGUCGACAAUUGCCGGCUAUCAACUUGUAUUAGUUUGGGAGCACCGCAAGGUCCCAAUGAGUUCUUAAAUGUUAAUUCGCCAUUGCAACUUGGUGGCACACCAGUGGAUCUCUUGCAGCUAGGUGGAAAACUGAACUGGACAUAUACGCCGAGCCGUCAAGGUUUCUUCGGUUGCAUACGUAACUUGACGAUCAAUAAUCAUACAUACAAUUUGGGAGCGCCUGCAAUAUCACGUAACAUCGAUUCUGGUUGUCAGCGCGCAGUUGCUGUGGCCGUUAGUUUCGGCAUUGACCGCAACUUUAUCAUUGCUAUUGUGGCAUGCAUACUUCUUCUGCUGAUUAUUUUAUUGGCUGUGGUAGUACAGAAGAAGCAAAAGAAUGGUUGGCAUGAAAAGGAUAUUGACGAUAUAAGAGAAACAAUAAUCAAUUACGAAGAUGAGGGCGGUGGUGAGCGAGACACCGACUAUGAUCUUAACGUGUUGCGCUCGCAACCUUUCUACGAAGAGAAGUUGUACAAAGAUCCACAUACCUUACAAUCAAUGAAAGAUCCAAAUAAUGAAAUUCCCGAUAUUGGCGGCUUUUUGGGUGAUAAAAAAGAGAAUUGUGAUCGGGAAGCCGGCACGUAUCCGGUGGAUGAUGUGCGGAACUACGCGUACGAAGGUGAUGGUAACUCGGAUGGCAGUCUUUCUAGUCUAGCCUCCUGCACUGAUGAUGGUGAUCUCAAUUUUGAUUAUUUAUCGAAUUUCGGGCCACGAUUCCGUAAAUUGGCCGAUAUGUAUGGCGAAGAACCAUCCGACACAGAUUCAAAUGUAGAUGAUGAACAAGGUUGGCGUAUAUAAAGCUGGAUUAUAGACUUCCAUUGACAUUUCAUACCGAAUGUAAAAGACUUUAAAAUUAAGACCAUAGCUAAUGGUAACGUAUUGUAUGGAUUUAAAUCCAUAAAUGUGUACAAUUUUACACAAAUAAUACACAAAUACAUAUGCAAAUGUAAAUUGGCGAUUGGCUUAAUAUACAUACAUACAUUUUUAAAUUAUUUUUUCGUCAGUAAUUUAAUAUGGAAAAGUGAUGUACAUAAUUAUAAGUAAAAACAUAUUGUAGAAAAAAGUGUUCGCACAUACAUUCACAAAAUAACUGAACAAAUAUUUAUAUUAAAUAGUUUUUUUUUUAAGAAACAUAUUGACAAUCUCAAAUAUAGCGAGUGUAGUAUCCAGGAAAGAAUGCAAUAUCCAUAUAAAUACACAUCGUAUAAAAUCAAACAAAUAUUGUGUUAUUUGAAAGGAAUAAACACAAGUAAAGCAUUUAGAUAUCAGUAUAAUUUUGGUAACAUUUUUCUGGUUCCAUUUAUUUUAUAUCGUACGAAGAAGUCUUCAAUUAUAUACUAAAAUAAUUCAAAUUUUAACGUAAUGGAUGCAAACUGAAACCGAAAUCAUACCACAUAUCUUAUCUAGAAAUAUAGUUAAACACUAAAACACAUUAAGGGUCAUAAGUUCCAUAGGGAAACCUCCCUACCCCUUUGAAGUCCUUUCAGAUACAAGUACGUAACUAUAGCUCGAUAUAGCGCUGAUGGAUAUGUACAUAAAUAUAUGAGAUACGAAAAAAUAAUUCUGAUAUGAAUUAUAUUUUAAACACUGCAUAUACAUAUACAUACAUACCUUAAUAAAGGUGACGACGAUUUUUUAGAGUACUUUUCAACUAUGUAGUCCCAUUUACAUAUCUAAAAAUGUAAAUGUAACAUAAUAUUUUUCCAAAUAUUCUAGGGUAGAAAUAAACAAAAUCGAAAAACCACUUGUAGUUACAAUAACUAAUAUAGAACGAUAUACAAAUGUAAGUCCAUAUACGGACAUUUGUUUCUAGACAGCUAAGUGUAAUUAGUGGUAUGCAUUUAUGUGUGUUUUUAAUGUUCAUACAUACAUACAUACAUACAUUCAAAUACAUACAACACGAACAUAAAUUAUUUUUGUAAGGCAUUGAUUUUUACUGGCCAGAAUUUAUUAAAGAAGUAGAGAGUAUAUGGUUAAAGUGUGAUUAUUGAUGAGUUUGAGAAUCAAAAUAAAAAAAAUAAAACAAUA